AUGGUUCUUUACAAAAAAAACAAUGAUAGAUGUGGUUUGAUUUUGCAGAAUUCAAGACCUUCAAGUUAUAGCUCAAAAGCACGGUCCACUUCUGCAAAGGCAAGAGAAUCUGCAGUUGAGUCAAGUGCCUUGGAAAAGUCACCAUCCUCAUGGGAGAAAGUGUAUUGGCUUUCCAUUGAUUAUCUUCUUGUCGCUAAGUCAGCAGUUAGUUGUGGAUCAUAUUUUACUUCAGUGAUGUAUGUGGAACAUUGGUGUGAAGAGCACUUUAACUGUAUGACAGUUGGAGGUCCAGAUUUCUCCCAUAAUGAAAUGUUGCCAGAUCAUAUUGAAAUACUUGUCUCGGCAGUCAGUAGAAUCAAUGAACCUGAUAGCUUAUAUGGAAUCCUUCAGUCUCACAAGUUGACUUCUCAAAUAAUCACGUUCGAGCAUGAGGGAAACUGGGGAAAAGCCCUUGAGUAUUAUGACUUGCAAGUGCGAUCAGGUGUCUCGGUACAAAAAGAUGGCAAUUCUAGGAGUUUGUCAUUGGAACAAACUGGACCAGCAAACCCUUCAUGUUUUGCCUCAGAGGUAGAUGAGAUGAGGCAGAGUAGACCUUACAAAGGGUUGAUUAGAUCAUUGCAGCAGAUUGGCUGCACACAUGUACUCGACUUCUAUUGCCAAGGGUUGACAUCAAGCAAAGACCAGCUUCUGCAUGAUUUAGAGUUUGCUGAAUUGCAGUAUGAAUCCGCCUGGCGUGCUGGGAACUGGGAUUUCUCUUUACCAUGUGUAGUAGCUAGUUUUCCUCCUUCGACUCAGAAUAUCAAAUAUGAUCAUUUCAAUGAAAAUUUGCACAGUUGUUUAAGAGCACUCCAGGAGGGUGAUUUGAGUGAUUUCAUGAGAAAACUUACGGAUUCAAAGCAGGAGCUUGUGUGGUCUGUUUCUCAUGCUAGUGAAGAGAGUACUGAGUACAUUUACUUGACUGUCAUCAAACUCCAGAUGCUUUAUCAUCUUGCCAUUGCUUGGGAUUUACGCUGGACCACUUUUCAAGAUAAUAGCACAAUGUUCUGUCUGCAGAAGCAAAAUGUGUCUCUUGAGCCAGUGAUUCCUUCCAUUAAACAGUUGUCAUGGCUGGAUAUGGAUUGGUCCUCAAUUUUGCAACGGACACAACUGCAUAUGAAUUUGCUAGAACCAUUUAUAGCAUUUCGACGAGUGCUACUUCAAAUUUUAAGUUGUAGAGAUUGUAUGUUGCAGCAUCUUCUGACGUCCACCACCACACUUCGUAAGGGAUCUAGGUUCUCUCAAGCAGCCGCUGCUUUGCAUGAGUUUAAGUUCCUUUCUGUUGAAACCAAAGGGCAAUAUUCAUCCUUAUAUUGGAUAGGACGGGUAAGGGGGCUGCUUGAAGAGGCAAAGCUUUUCCGUGCUCAAGGUCAAAAUGAGAUGGCUAUCAACCUCGCAAUGUAUAUAUCACAAAAUUAUCAUUCCAAUGAGGAGGCUUCAGAUGUAUAUCGGGUGAUUGGGAAGUGGCUGGCAGAAACCAGAUCUAGCAACUCAAGAACAAUUUUGGAGAAGUUUUUGAAGCCCGCAGUCUCUAUUGCUGAGGAUGCAAACACUACAGGCAAGAAGGCCAUGGAAAGGAAAUGUCAGACCAAUUUUCAUCUUGCACACUAUGCUGAUGCUUUAUUCAGGAGCCAUGAAGAAAGGCUUAACUCUAAUGAGUGGCAAGCAGCAAUGCGCUUAAGAAAGCAUAAGACAGUAGAGUUGGAAGCACUCAUAAAAAGAUUAAGGACUUCAACAAAGGGGGAGAAAACUGACUACUCCAUGAAAAUCCAAGAACUGCAAAAGCAAGUAGCAAUGGACAAGGAAGAAGCCCAGAAAUUACAGGAUGACCGGGAUAAUUUUCUUAGUCUGGCAUUGGAGGGAUACAAACGUUGUUUAGUCAUAGGUGACAAGUAUGAUGUGAGAGUGGUGUUUCGAAUAGUUUCCUUGUGGUUCAGUCUUUCUUCUCGAAAAAAUGUUGUAAAUAGCAUGCUUAGCACAAUUGAUGAGGUUCAAUCUUUCAAAUUUGUACCUUUAGUAUACCAAAUUGCUUCUAGAAUGGGUAGCUCAAAGGAUGGUCUGGGACCUCUUAAUUUCCAGUUUGCAUUGGUUUCUCUUGUGAAGAAAAUGGUCAUUGAUCAUCCAUACCAUACAAUACUUCAACUUCUGGCUCUGGCAAAUGGUGACCGUAUCAAGGACAAACAGCGUAGUAGAAGUUCAUUUGUGGUCGAUAUAGACAAAAAACAUGCAGCAGAAAACCUUCUAAAGGAGUUGUCAUCUUAUCAUGGAGCUAUCAUACAACAAAUGAAGCAAAUGGUUGACAUUUAUAUCAAACUUGCUGAGAUGGAAACAAAGAGAGAGGAUACCAAUAAAAGGAUGACACUACCAAGGGACUUACGUAAUCUCCCGGUGCUUGAACUUGUGCCUGUAGUGACAGCUACCAUUUCAAUUGAUCAUAGUUGUCAGUAUAAUGAAGGCACUUUUCCUUAUUUCAAAGGAUUAGCAGAUUCAGUUAUGAUAAUGAAUGGUAUAAAUGCUCCAAAAGUGGUUGAAUGCUUGGGUUCUGACGGUUGCAGAUAUCGGCAACUUGCAAAAUCUGGGAAUGAUGACCUAAGACAGGAUGCUGUAAUGGAACAAUUCUUUGGUUUAGUUAACACAUUCCUGAGGAACCAUCGAGAUACAUGGAAAAGAAGGCUAGGAGUACGAACCUACAAGGUUGUUCCUUUUACUCCAAGUGCUGGUGUUCUUGAGUGGGUUAAUGGCACUCUUCCUCUCGGUGAAUAUCUUAUAGGGAGCAUGAGAGAUGGAGGUGCUCAUGGUCGCUAUGGAAUAGGGGAUUGGUCAUUUCUAAAAUGCCGAGACCACAUGACAAGUGAAAGGGACAAGCGCAAAGCAUUCCAGGAUGUUUACAGGAAUUUCAGGCCUGUUAUGCAUUACUUUUUCUUGGAGAGGUUUAUACAGCCAGCAGAGUGGUUUGAGAAGAGACUUGUUUAUACCAGAAGUGUUGCUGUUAGUUGUAUGGUUGGUUAUAUUGUUGGCCUUGGAGAUCGACAUUCGAUGAAUAUUUUAAUUGAUCAGGCCACUGCAGAGGUUGUUCACAUAGAUCUUGGUGUCGCUUUUGAACAAGGCUUGAUGCUUAAGACCCCAGAACGGGUUCCAUUUAGGCUCACAAGAGACUUAAUUGAUGGAAUGGGCGUAACUGGUAUAGAGGGGGUUUUCCGAAGAUGUUGCGAGGAAACACUGUCUGUUAUGCGAACGAACAAAGAAGCAUUGCUGACGAUUGUGGAAGUUUUUAUCCACGAUCCUCUUUACAAGUGGGCUUUAUCGCCUCUGAAAGCUUUGCAACGUCAAAAGGAAAUGGAUGAUGAUAUGGAUACAAGUUUGGAGGAACCUCAUAAUGAUUAUGAAGGAAAUAAGGAUGCUGCACGUGCACUUCUGCGUGUCAAACAAAAGCUAGAUGGGUAUGAAGAAGGCGAAAUGCGAAGCAUCCAUGGGCAGGUGCAACAACUCAUCCAGGAUGCAAUCGAUCCGGAGCGUUUAUGCCAAAUGUUUCCCGGUUGGGGAGCUUGGUUAUAAUGAGCCGUCCACAUGUUAUAUAAUAAUGAAAUACAGUUGUAGAUAUAAGUAUUGGCCUACGUCUAUAUCGUCAUAACUCUAGCAGUUAAACGAUUGCAAAUAUAUUAUUAAAUUAUAGGCAAUGGAUAUUUCUUUUGAUUUUGUACUAUCAAUAACAAAAUCAAAAUCCUGUAAAAAAAACAAAAAAAAUA